AUGCAGCUCGGUGAAUCAACUGCUAAAACAAUAGUUAAACCAACGGUAAAAUCAUCUAAAGGAAUUGAUUUAACCUCUCGGAGAAUGAUUAAUAUAUUGGUCGCAUUACAAAUUAGCCUCGGGUCACUUUACGUUGCAAUUACGACUCUUGCUUUGGUCACUCUGAGGGGUGACGAAUCAAUGAGAAACUCAGUUCCUGACCAAAUUUCAUUGUUCAAUAAUUUUCUCGAGGGAAUCGUAAUGAUUAUCAAUGGUUAUCUUACCCAAUUAGCAGUUGAAAGAGGUUAUUUGUUUUUGUUAAUUGUGACCAUUUUAAUUAACUUUGGAUUAGUUUCUUUCAAUUGUUAUGAAUUAAUCGAUAGAUUUAUCAAUGUCCCCAAAGAUUUUGACCAAGAGAUUAAUGGAGUUAUUUUAAUGACUUUUCUUGAAAGUGUUUAUUAUUUUUGUAUCGUUCAUCAUUCAGUUAAAUUAUAUUCAACAAUUAAAUUACGACAGGAGCGAUUAUUACAAUCAGAAACAAAGUCAGAUUCAACUAAACAUGAAGAUGUAUUUAAAUUUCCAACAACAAUUGAUUCAAUUCCGAUCAACGAUUCAAUUAUCGGAGGACGAAUCAGAGUUUCAAGACAAAUCAAUCAGUUCAAAUUUACAGCUGCUUCUGAUCCAGUCAGUGGACCAAAGGUUGUCAGAAUUAAUUAUGAUUCAGAUGAAAGUCAAGAAUGAAAGUCAUGAAUAAACAAGAUAAUUAACUAAUUAACAUUGGCAAUGGUUUUACUGCUUUAAUUACCGCAACUGAUCAACUGAUUAACAACCAUUAAUG